AUGGCAAUGUUAGCUCUAGUCAGAGUCAUGAAAUGGAUGCUUUUUGUGUUCAACAUCCUCAUUUUGUGUGCUGGGGCGAUUGCUAUCGGGCUUGGAGCCUGGGGCCUUGGGUCAGAAUACGGAGCUGAAAAGCUGAAAGAUCUAACCGGCAGUCAACUGUACAGGGGAGCAGCAAUUGCAAUUAUAGUUGGUGGAUGUGUGGUGGUUGUCAUUGCUCUUAUUGGAGCAAUUGGCGCUAUAAGGGAAAACAGGAUUUUGUUGGGCAUUUACUUUGUGGUCACGCUGCUGUUGCUGAUUCUGUUCGUGGUGGCUGCUUCAGUAGGAUACGCCUACAAAGAUAUCGUCCAAGAGAAGAUCGCCAUGGAGAUGGAGUCGACCCUUGUCAACCGCUACGGAGUGGACAUCGACAACAACAACGACAAUAAUGACGUGACCAAUGUCUGGGACGACCUGCAGAGAAAACUGAUGUGCUGCGGCGUGAAGGGCAGGACGCCUGGAAGUUUGAAAUCUUGGUACCUAUGGCAGAGCAGUAAAUGGUUCAAUUCCACAAACAAUAUUCCAAAGAAGUUGGUCCCUGAGAGCUGCUGCAACCCCAACUACAACGCAACAAUGUGUUACUUCUUGAACCCCGAUCCAUCCCGACCAGUCCAGACGUCUGUGGACAAAGUCACCCAUGAAAGCGAAUACGUCUACUACAAGGGCUGUCUCGAUAAACUGGUGGAUUACGUCGAGGAUCAUAUCGUGGCUAUUGCUGGUAUCGCCGUUGCUAUCAUUGUUGUCAUGUUCCUAUGCCUGCUGUUUGCUAUGUGCGUGUGUACCCAUGUGGGGAAAAAGAGCCUCGUGGUCUGA